AUGUGUCUCGUUCAGCUGGUCCAGCAGGAGGCCUUUCCCAAGGAGCUCAAGGCACUUUUCACAAACGAACCGGUUCACCGAGGAUCCAAACUUCGCUGGUUCAACCCAGUGCUUACCAAGGCGGGAAUCAUUCGAAUUGGAGGUCGAUUGGCGAAUUCUAGUAUUCCCGAAGAAACUAAACAUCCUAUGGUCAUUCCAGGAAACCAUAAAUUCUCAAAGCUUCUCGCCAGCAGCUAUCACAAAACACUCUUGCAUGCGGGUCCUCAACUCCUGUUGAACUCAAUUCGAUUACGUUUUUGGCCACUUGAAGGGCGAAAUCUAUGCCGUUUAACAACUCAUCGUUGUCUAAUGUGUUACCGAGCUAAACCGAAACUUCAACAACAAUUCAUGGCUCAAUUACCUGCACCAAGAAUCACCGCAGCUCGUCCAUUCACUACAACAGGCGUCGAUUAUUUUGGUCCUGUAUAUAUUCACCAAGGCUACCGGAAGGGAUCAACGAAGGCUUACGUAGCGGUGUUUAUCUGCUUCUGUACGAAGGCAGUACAUUUAGAGCUGGUUUCCGACUUGUCUACUGCAAGGUUCAUCCAAGCUCUACGAAGGUUUACAGCACGGAGAGGAAAAUGUUCGGAUAUUUAUUCCGACAAUGGAACCAACUUUGUCGGUGCACGCAACAGUAUAGCAGAACUCCUUCGUAACUUAAGAGACCGCAACCACCACGAAGCAAUUCAGGAAGAGUGCAGCAACAAUGGCAUCACAUGGCACUUUAACCCUCCUGCCGCCCCUCACUUCGGCGGACUAUGGGAAGCCGCAGUACGCUCCGCUAAGAAACACUUGCUCCGUGUCUUAGGCAAUUCCUCCGUCUCUUAUGAAGAUUUUACAACCCUCCUAGCCCAAGUAGAAGGUUGUCUUAAUUCCAGGCCCCUCACACAGCUUUCGGACGACCCCACAGAUCUCCAACCGCUCACACCAGCUCACUUUCUUGUUGGAUCAUCGCUACAAGCACUUCCCGACAAGAACUAUAACAGUGUUCCAGCCAACCGGCUCUCACACUGGCAGCUAAUCCAGCAACAGCUUCAACACUUUUGGCGCAGAUGGCAUACCGAAUAUCUGUCGCAGCUUCAGGCACGAGUGAAGAAUUGGCAGCCAGCAGUCAAUAUCGAGCCCGGCAGACUUGUCAUCAUUGUCGAUGAAAACCAACCACCGAUGAAAUGGAAAUUGGCACGGAUUCACCAAAUACAUCCAGGCGACGGCGGUGUAGUUCGAGUCGUCACUCUACGAACUUCGACUGGUUACCUGACGCGACCGGUGACCAAAAUAUGUCUGCUACCACUACCGUCAACAGAUGAGGAGAAAACUAGUAAUCAGCCGUAA